GAGGAGUUGGCAACGACCAGCCGGAAGGAUGUCCUCGGCAUGAAGCCGGAGCAGCGGGGGAGGUGGCUCAACCGAGUGCUCAAGCAGGUGUCGGAAGGCAGGGUGAAGGCCAAUGAGGUGUACGACUUGAUAUCCCUGCCGCGGUUUACCGACGGCAUCCCGCCGAAGGUGGGGAGGAAGAUGGGCUUCGCUGUGGGCGAGAAGAUCGACGUGUUCUCCUCGAAGCAGCAGCGGACGCUCACCGUGGGUCCUUCUAUCAUGACGAAGUUCGUCAGAGACAAGGGCGCCGACGGGGACGACUCAGGACGGGACGAGCAGCCCGCUGCAAAGCGGGCGCCCGAGGAGCCCCCGAGGGAGGCGGUGACCUUCUCGAUGAAAGGCAAGAGACCCGCGAUAUUGCCGGGCGACGUGGGAGACAAGGAGGAGAGGGAGGCGGAGAAGAAGAAGGCGGAAGAGGCGAAGGCAGCAGCCGCCGCUGCGGAGGCCGCCGCUGCCGAGGCGGCGCCGAAGGCGGAGCCGCCCAAGGCGGAGGCGCCGAAGGCGGAGGCCGCGGCCGCGCCGGGCGAGCCGGCCGCGGCCGGCGCCGCGAGGCGGGCGAAGGCCGCAGGACACGGGCAGGGCGGCGCGCGGCCGCCGCCAGCCGACGAUAGGACCCUGGGGUUCAAGCUGUAGCAGCAGCACCAGCGCCAGCACCAGCGAACCUCCGCCCAAGCGAGGGGCCCGCCGGAAGGCCCCGGCGGCGCGCAGCCCCAGCGCCAGCGGGAGCGGCAGCAGCAGCAGCAGCAGUAGCAGCAGCCCCAGCCGCCAGGGCCAGAAGCAGGUGGCCGCGGGAGAGGAAAAGAGGCGGC